AAGAUUUGGUUUUACUUUAUGCAAAUUAUGAUGAAUUUAUCUUUUUUUAUAAUAAUAAUAAUAAUAAUAAUAACUUUGGCUGAGCUUCUUGUCAUCUUCCCCCCUUAUCCGGAGCUUGGUUAACUUUUAGAAGUGAAUACAAUUUCAUCUUAAUAGGGGUUGAGGGUUGACUGCAAACGUAUUCGUGGGAUUUGCAUUGAUUUGUUCAUAUUAUUAUUCUCUAAUUCCAUUUACGAACGAUCUCAGUUUUACCAUCAUCAAGUUUGCUGUUUUCUUCUUAGAAAUCUAACCCCUUUCCUUCUCUAUGCUGCAUUAUUAAAAUCAAAAUCAAGCGAGCACAAGCAUAUGUAUGGAUGCAAAGGAGGAUCUAUUUAGCCAUUUUUCAUUGAUUAAAAGGUUGCCAACAUGGUGAGCUUACGUAGACGCAGACUCCUGGGACUCUGCCCCGGGAAAUGUUCCUUUUUGACUCCACUUUCUAGAUUUUUUGAUAAUGGGAAUGCCCCUGAAAGUUCAAGUCAGAAUGCAAAAUCAGUUAGUGUGCAUCCCAUGCCCUCAGAUUCUGCCGAACACAUGCACAGGGAAACCAUUGCUAAGGUUAGCUGCGGGUCACCAAACAUUUCUUGUUCAUCAAAAGAGCAUCAUAAUCAACCUUUUCCAGAGCAACCAAUCAAACGAAGGAAGAGACACAGAAGGAAGCAUAUUCAAAACCAAGAACCCUGUCUAAUGAGGGGUGUAUACUUCAAAAACAUGAAAUGGCAGGCUGCAAUAAAAGUUGACAAGAAACAGAUUCACCUAGGCACUGUUGGUUCGCAAGAAGAAGCUGCCCGCUUAUAUGACAGAGCCGCUUUCAUGUGUGGAAGGGAGCCUAACUUUGAGCUUUCGGAGGAGGAAAAACAAGAGCUUAGAAAGUUCAAGUGGGAUGAGUUUUUGGCAUAUACUCGCCAUUCAAUUACCAAUAAAAAAUACAAGCAAAGGCUCGGGGUCGGACCACAGAAAAGUACUGAACCUGCAAUAGAGAACGGUCGGUGACUGGGAACA